AGUAUUUUGAAGCUUUUUUCAAUAUAUAGUCUAUAAACACACGUUCCCACUUGCGAGACUCCGUUGCCACGCUUGCCUCGAUCACAUCCUGCCUCGUUGUGUUCUACCUGAAACGCUAUAUCAACAGUCAUGGGUCUAGGAAGGGCUGAAGCAGAUCAGGAGAUCAUCAAGCCUCUCAGCUUCAAGGCGCAGCAGUUCAAGAGACUCGUGCUAGAUAAUAAGCUGGAGUUCCUGCUAGUCAGUGAUCCUGAGCUAGACAAGGCAGGCGCAGCUGUCGAUGUGCGCGUGGGCAGCUUGCUGGACCCCAAGAAGAUGCCUGGCUUAGCACACUUCUGCGAGCACAUGCUCUUCUACGCCUCUGAGAAGUAUCCAGAAGAAGAUGCCUACAGCAAAUUCCUGUCAGAGCAUGGAGGACACACAAACGCAUACACAGCCGCAGAGAGCACAAACUAUCACUUUGACUGCAAUUGGGAUUCUUUGGAGGAAGCGCUCGACCGCUUCGCCCAGUUUUUCAUCAGUCCCCUCAUCUCUGAGGACGGCGUGGAGAGGGAAGUCAAUGCUGUUGACUCUGAGCACAACAAGAACUUGAACACAGACGCCUGGCGGCAGAUGCAGCUGUGGCGACACACUGCCAACCCCGGCCAUCCAUUCAACCGCUUCUCGACAGGCAACCUGGACACCCUCCUACACACACCCAAGGAGCGGGGCCUGAUCCCCCACGAGGAGGUGCAGGCGUUCCAUGCGCGGCACUACAGCAGCAACCUGAUGAGGGGCGCCCUCGUGGGCCGCCAGCCGCUCGCUGAGCUGGAGGCUCUGGUGCGCGCCAAGUUUGGCGCCGUGCCCAACACCGACCUCCCAGUCCCCCACUUCCCUGAGGACGUGUUGACAGAGCAGCAGACGGGGCAGCUGCUGCGGGUGGUGCCCCAGAAGGAGGGACACAGGCUGGACUUGCAGUGGGCGGUGCCACCAGAGCAAACAGUCUACCGAGUCACCCCCUGCGGCUACCUCGGCCAUCUCAUUGGGCACGAGGGCUUUGGCAGCCCAUUUGCGGUGCUGAAGGCGCGGGGAUGGGCGACCGGGCUGUCUGCAGGAGAGGGCGGCAGCUCAUUCUCUGCGCGCUCAUUCUUCACUGUGGUUGGUGCAGGCCUGGAACAUAUAGAGGAGAUUGUGGGCAUCAUCUUUGCCUACAUUGGGCUUGUCAGCAAGCAGGAUGGCGCAUGCGCGAUCUUUGACAUUCACGGUCCCUUGUGCAGCACUUUCAAUACAAAGGCACCCCCACUGAAGCCCUUUUUGAAUACAUCCUCUGCAUGUGGCCAAGAAAUGACAGUGUUUGAUUUUGGGGUGGCCUGUUGCCUUGAGCAGGAAUUCAGCGAGGAGGCCGUGCGCGCAGUGCUGAGGGAGCUGACACCGCGCAACCUGCGCAUGAUGAUCGCCUCCAAGCGCUACAAGGGCCAGACGACGUUGACUGAGCCCUGGUAUGGGACAGAGUAUUCCCAGGAGGCAAUCUCCUCAGAAUGGCUCAGCGCCUGGGCCUCGGCUGUUGCACCCCCAGAGCUGCACCUGCCCCAUGACAAUCCCUUCAUCUCCUCUGACUUCACCCUCAUAGACGUGAAGGACACCGAAGAGGUCAGGCCGGAGGUGUGCCAUGAGGGCUCACUGCUGCGCAUGUGGCACAAGCCCUCCACUCGCUUUGACACCCCCAAGGCCGUAAUCUACCUGCACUUUGCAUGCCCCGAGGCGUACACAAGCCCAGAGGCGGGGGUGCUGACGCGGCUGUACGUGAAGCUUCUGAGCGAUUACCUGAACGAGAUCGCGUACGAUGCUGAGCUGGCGGGCCUCUCCUGGGGCCUCAACUCCACCACCACCGGCUUCCUCGUCAGCUUCUUCGGGUACAGCCACAAGCUGAUGGAGCUGGUUUGCCAGGUGCUGCACAAAGUCGGCACCUUCGCUGUUGAGGAUGACCGCUUCCUGGUGCAGAAGGAGGCAUUGGCGAAGGAGUAUGCCAAUGCGCGCUACCAGCAGCCGUACCAGACAGCCAUGUAUGAAACUGCAGUUGCCUUGGAAGCACGAAGAUGGCACACGAACGAGUACGAAGCCGUCAUCGGCGACCUGCAGCCAUCAGACCUCACGGCGUUUGCGGGCCGGCUUUUUUCGCGCUGCUUUGCGGAGGGAUAUGCCACCGGCAACUUCAGCAAGGAGCAGGCCAGCGACCUCACUGCUGUUGUGGAGAGCCUCCUGACGGAGCAGGUGCGCGCGCGGCCGCUGUUCCCAUCGCAGCGCCCGGAGAAGCGAGUCGUGCGGCUGCCGGCCGGCAAACCGGCGCUGCUGUCGGUCCCGGCACCCAACGACGCCAAUGAGAACUCCGCCGUCGUGCUUACCUACCAGGUGGGCCCCGAUGACCUGGCGCGCAACGCGCUGGCGGAGCUAGCCGUGCAGUGCUGCCGACGCGAUGCGUUCCACACGCUGCGAACCGUCGAGCAGCUCGGCUACAUGGUCUGGCUGGCCGGCCUGCCAACGCUGACCGUGCGCGCCGUUGCAUUCGUGGUGCAGUCGUCCGCGUUUUCUGCAGUGCACUUGGAGCAGCGCUGCGAGGCGUUUGUGGGAGCCCAGCUGGCGCGGCUUGCUGAGCUGGACGCUGACUCGUUCGCUAGCCAGGCUCGCGAGCUGGCCAAGGCGAAGCUGGAGAAGCCCAAGCGUCUGCGCGAGCUGGCGGCGCGAGAUUGGCGCGAGAUCGACGAUGGCACGCUCAUCUUCGAUCGUCCGGCCGCCGAGGUGGCCGCGCUUCGCACGCUGUCCAAGGCCGACGUGCUGCAGUUCUUCCAGGUGGGCGCCCGCUUGUUAGAGAAAGAGAUACACAUAGAAAGGAAGAAAAAAGAAAGAAGAAACGCAAUAGAGGGAACCCCGUAG